UUUUUUUAAAACAGGAAAAGCCGUGGCGAUCAUUCCACUGGCUGUGAUCGCCAUUUCUUUAUGCGUUAUAUAGGUCAUUCACUUCAGUGGGCACGUUGCUCACCACCCGGGUCCUCCUUUCAGUCCCCCACCAGAUCUGAACGAGUGGGCUGCCUGCUGCUGCCGAGAGGCAUGCAUCGCCUCACUUUGCCUCAGCUCUGCGCUAAAGUCGGGGUGUUAAUGGGAACUAACUGGAAAAUGUGAGGUGAGAGAUGCUGGCUGUUUUCAGCACCCUGGAUAGCGCCUUUGGAAGUUGGAGAGGACGCGCGGACGCAUCGGGAUUUUUCAACUCAAUCUAAUUUGGGAGUCAUGCUGGAGACAUGAGGCUGAUCAUGGCUGAUUUUAGGUGUUUGUUUGCAGCCAACGGGCACAGGUUACCUGAGAUGGGUGUUUAAUUUUCUCUGCUGUGAGACAUGGACUUUGCUGAAAUUCUCUUCGCCCUGUUCAUUGUUGUGGUCGCGGUCGUGUCGCUGCUGUCAAACUUAUUGGUGCUGCUAUGUUUCGUCCACAGCACCGAGAUCCGCCGGCAGGUUCCCGGUGUUUUCACCAUGAACUUAUCCUUCUGCAACAUUCUCAUCACGGUGCUCAAUAUGCCGGCCACCCUGCUGGGGGUCGUCAGGCACCAGAAGCCCUUCGGGGACUGCAUAUGCCACACGGUGAGCUUCCUGGAGACUUUCCUGACUGCGAACACCAUGCUGAGCAUGGCUGCGCUCAGCAUCGAUCGCUGGAUCGCGGUGGUCUUCCCGCUCAGCUACGCCACCAAGAUGCGCUACAGAGACGCGGUGAUCAUGGUGGGUUACUCCUGGCUGCAUUCUUUCACCUUCUCCCUGACUGCGCUGCUCUUCUCCUGGGUGGAUUACAGCGACGUGUACGCGUCCUGCACCCUGCAGCCCAGCGGAGAAGGCAGCGACAAAGUUAAGUUCACGAUUUUCACCGUGAUAUUCCACGCCACCAGCUUCGUGCUGUCACUCUUCGUCCUGUGCUUCACCUACCUAAAAGUUCUGAAAGUGGCCAGGUUUCAUUGCAAGAGGAUUGACAUCAUCACCAUGCAGACUUUGUUUCUCUUGGUCGAUAUUCACCCAAGUGUCAAACAAAGAUGUUUAGCUGAGCAGAAGAGGCGAAAGCAGAGAGCCACAAAGAAGAUUAGCAUCUUCAUCGGCUCAUUUAUCAUCUGCUUUGCUCCUUAUGUAAUUACAAGGUUGGCUGAGCUUCUCCCCUCUAUAGACAUCAACCGCCACUGGGGAAUCAUCAGUAAGUGCCUGACAUACAGCAAGGCUGCAUCUGACCCGUUUGCCUACUCUCUGCUCCGCCAGCAGUACAAAAAAGUCCUGGUUACAGUUGUUAACAAGCUGCUUCGUCGUGACCUGUACCCUUCAUCAGGCCACAACAGCUCUUUGGACACGGAGAACGACUACUGUCUUCAGAGGAUCAGCUAAUGGUGACAGAUAUGGGAGUGACAGAUACUCUCCAACCAGAGUGAGUGGGCCCCAAAUAGAGGUUUGCUCAGGAAGAGGAGGUGGGCGGGUGGAGGAGACGGAGACUACUGGGGGAGGGGAGCGAAGAUGGAGGGGACAGAUAGUGGGUGGAGGGCAACGAAAGAGCAAAAAAAGAAAGGCAGUGGGUGGAGAAAAAUGCAAAAGAAGGAUUGAGGGAAAGGAUCAAUGAUUACAUGGAUAAAGCUAAGAAAGGUGAUGUAGGAGAGGCUAACGAUGGCUUUGGUAAACAGCAAGGUCUGUGAUUCAUCAGUUACAACAAAACCCCACAGAAACUAAUUUCCACACCAGAAAGACAUGGAUUUGAGUUAUUUCAACCUGAAAAACUCUAAGAAACUGGAGUCACGGACAUGUAAAAAGUAGCCUUUCAGUGCUGAUCCAGCCAGCUUACUGUUUUUAAUGUUCUGGAUGGAUCCUUGCCUUCGGAAACCUUCAGAAAACAGAAACACUGGGACUCGUGCUGACCUCUUUGUGCUAGAAAGUUUUGCAGUGUCCUGUCAGUCACUGAAUAUUGAUGCACUUUGUCUAACAGAAGAUUAUGUAAAAAACUUCUGUGGUUACAGGAGAAAGAAACUGUUAGUUUUUUGCAGGAUGAGCCUGGUGAUAUUUUAUAUUUUUGUUACUGUCAACAAGUUCCACAAGAAGGUAAAAAUAUAAAAGGUGUUACUUUUUCUCUAAGUGCUUUACAGCUUCCACACAGCCUGUCUAUUCUGGGCUGCAUACGAGUGGCUGAAGACCAGCAGAGAGAACAAAAGAAAAGAAAAUUUGA